AUGAGAAUGCCCAGAAGAGGCUUAGUAAUUCAAGCCAGGACUCGUUGGCUAUUAGUGGGCCUUGCUUUACUAUUCAGUUUAGUCUUGCUCAUGUAUUUGCUUGAGUGUGCUCCACAAACAGAUGGUAAUGGAUCUCUACCUGGUGUUGUAGGCGAAAACAUGGGUAAAGAAUACUAUCAAGCUCUCUUGCAGGAACAAGAAGAGCAUUAUCAAAACCGAGCUACCAGUCUGAAACGUCAGAUUGCCCAGUUAAAGCAAGAGCUUCAGGAAAUGAGUGAUAAAUUGAAAUCCCUACAGGAAAAAAAGACCCCCAAGGUCAAUGGUAUGAACUACCAGGGCACCAAAGAACAAGCUUCCAAUGAUCUCCUAGAGUUUCUUCAUUCCCAGAUUGACAAAGCUGAGGUGAGCGUGGGGGCCAAACUGCCUAGUGAAUAUGGCGUCAUUCCUUUUGAAAGCUUUACAUCCAUGAAAGUGUUCCAGCUGGAGAUGGGGCUCACUCGGCAUCCAGAAGAGAAACCUGUUAGAAAGGAUAAACGAGAUGAAUUGGUGGAAGUUAUUGAGGCUGGCCUAGAAGUUAUCAAUAAUCCAGAUGAAGAAGAUGGACAAGAUGAAGAUGAUGGCGUAGGAGAGAGGCAGCUGUAUAGUGAAAAUGAUUUCAUAGAAGGUUACUAUCGUACGGAAAGAGAUAAGGGGACACAGUAUGAGCUGUUUUAUAAGAAGAUGGAUGGCAUGGAAUACAGGCAUGUCACCUUGUUCCGACCUUUUGGACCCCUCAUGAAAGUGAAGAGUGAAACGGUUGAUAUUUCUAGAUCAAUCAUUAACAUUAUUGUCCCUCUUGCUGGAAGAACUGAGGCAUUUGCACAAUUUAUGCAAAACUUUAGGGAUGUGUGUAUUCACCAGGAUAAGCGUGUUCACCUCACAGUGGUGUACUUCGGACAAGACGGGCUGUCAGAAGUAAAAAGCAUCCUAGAGUCCGUAGCUAGAGAAACUAACUUUCACAACUACACGCUCGUCUCUCUGAAUGAGGAAUUUAACCGAGGCCGGGGACUCGACAUGGGUGCCAGAGCCUGGGAAAAGGGCGAGGUCCUGAUGUUCUUCUGUGAUGUUGAUGUUUAUUUCACAGCAGAGUUCCUCAACAGUUGUCGCUUAAAUGCUGAGCCUGGGAAAAAGGUUUUUUACCCUGUGGUAUUCAGCCUUUAUAAUCCAGCUAUUGUCUAUGCCAACCAAGAUAUACCACCCCCUGUGGAGCAACAAUUGGUACAUAAGAAGGAUUCUGGUUUCUGGCGGGAUUUUGGCUUUGGGAUGACUUGUCAAUAUCGGACAGACUUUUUGACUGUUGGGGGUUUUGACUUGGAAGUCAAAGGCUGGGGCGGAGAAGAUGUUCACCUUUACAGAAAGUACUUGCACGGUGACCUUAUUGUGAUCAGGACACCGGUCCCUGGUCUCUUUCACCUCUGGCAUGAGAAACACUGUGCAGACGAACUCACUCCAGAGCAGUAUCGCAUGUGUAUCCAAUCCAAAGCCAUGAAUGAGGCCUCCCACUCGCACCUUGGGAUGCUGGUCUUCAGAGAGGAGAUCGAGACUCACCUCCGUAAGCAGGCUUACAGGACUAACAGCGAAGCAGUGGGUUAAAUUUCACCCCCGUGACAUUUGAUGACUUCAAAUUCACGGUGAACCAGCAUCAUUUUACAGCCUUAAAUCAGCUUAAAAAUG